AUGUCACCAACAUUGAAGGAAUACUUGAAUAAAAGGGUUGUUAUAAUUAAAGUUGACGGCGAAUGCCUCAUAGCAAAUCUAAACGGCUUUGACAAAAAUACUAAUCUAUUCAUAACUGACGUUUUCAACCGUAUAAAUAAGGAGUUCAUCUGCAAGGCACAGUUACUUCGAGGCAGCGAGAUUGCUCUUGUCGGCCUCAUAGAUACCGAAAGCGAUGACAGUCUUGCUCCUAUAGACGAAGAGAAAGUACCGAUGCUAAAGGACACCAAGAAUAGAAUUGAAAAUGAACAUGUAAUAUGGGAGAAAGUGUACGAAUCAAAGACAAAAUAA